GUCUCAUGCUGUGGGCUUGCUCCCUCCUAUUUUGACUAUAUAGCAAGUCCUGCUGAUUAAAAGAGCACAGCUGAAUUGUGCUAACAUGAGAUGAGGGAGAGCUAAGGCUGGGGAUUUGGACCCUUUCUUUCAGGCUAAGUGAAUUUUUCCAAGAUGUGAGAGUCUGCUUCUGGAUUAUUAAAUUUCUGUGAACGGUGGUGUGGAAGCUGCUGGGAUUUUUACUGCUUUUCGCAUGUGGACUAGAGAACUUGCACAAAGACAACGGAAAGGCAAUUUGCCAUUCCACAACAGUAGCCAAGGAGGGUUUUCCUGUGAUAAAAGUAGCUUGCUCUGUUCCACAAGGCAUUUUUUCAGUGAUUCUACCAAUUAAAGGAAUGUUUGUCCAGGAGGAUGACGAUUUGUAUCACAACAGGAUUUAGGUAACAGAGCCGUGAUCAACCUACUGUUGCACUGAGCCCUGUGCUUACCUACGGUGAGACACUGCCCUCUCUCACAGAAACGAGACUCCAUUCUGCACAUAUUUAAACGCUGACAGCCCCCGAGCAUUUAUUUGGACGUCACUGUUUAGGUGAGCAGCAGAGCCACGGGAGAACCUGAGGGUGUAAAGUGGGGGGAUAGAGGUUGUGCAGAGCCAGUGGCAGAGCAAGGAGGAGACUCCGCUUGCCGGGGGCUGCUGGAGAGGCAAAGUGACCCCGACUUUGUAGCCAGGGAAACACCGGCUUUCAUUUUGAACAUUUAAACCCAAUUUGUGAAGAUGAUGAUUUAUUGAUAACCCGCAGGACCGUGGACAUGCAAUAAGAGGAGCGGGGAGGUUACGGCCUCAGCCCCGCUCCCUUCUCAAGUUGCUGCUCUUUCCCAAAGAUGCUGCGAACUCCGGCCCGGCUGCGAGCACAGAAACAUCUCCCGCUCCUUCCCUCGGCUGAGCAGCGACAGCUCGGACGCUGAAAUAAGGCUCGGAGGAGGAGGAGAAGGAGUGGGAGGGGAGUUAGUUCCAAAGCCACUUUGGGCGCUGCGCCGCUACGUGCGGGAGCGUGUGCGGAGCAUCCUCCUGGCAGCCUGAGCGCCGGUGCUGUGCCCGCUCCCCCGUGGGUGAUUUCCUCAUCCCCGAACGCUGCUCCUGCCUCCGCAGCCGCUCCGGGGCCAGGUCCCCGAAGUGAAGGAAAAAAUUCUGAGAUGCAGAAAGGCUUAUUUGCUGCUGCAAAUGGGAAUCUGGAAUAACUAUGAAAAACACACUGAAAUAAUUGUGUUUGACUGGAACAAAAUUCUUGCAAAGUCCCCAAGGAUGAGAUUCUGUGCCAAAUCAAUGCUUCUGUCUGACUGGCUCUUUCUGCUCUAUGUGUUAAUGGUCUGCUGUAAAUUGUUGUCCGCCUCUAGUCACCAUCCCCGGGGGCACACAGGGCAGCACCAGGUGAAGCAGGGCACGUGUGAGGUGGUGGCCGUGCACCGGUGCUGCAACAAGAACCGGAUCGAGGAGCGCUCCCAGACCGUGAAGUGCUCCUGCUUCCCGGGCCAGGUGGCCGGCACCACCCGGGCCCAGCCCUCCUGCGUGGAAGCUUCCAUUGUCCUGCAGAAGUGGUGGUGUCACAUGAACCCCUGUUUGGAUGGAGAGGACUGUAAAGUACUACCAGACUAUUCAGGUUGGUCUUGCAGCAGUGGAAAUAAAGUCAAAACCACAAAGGUGACACGGUAGCAAAGGCUAAACCUGAGGGCCACUCCCAGAACUAUGGCACGUGGAACUGUUCCUUGGCUGUCACACAGAGACCCUUUUUUGUCAUGCUGUUAUUGACUUCACCCUUUGAAUUUGCAAAGCAGUUGGGAAAAAGGGACAGCACUUCUCCUUUCAACUGUGGCUGCAGCUCCUGAACCUGGAUUUUGCUGUUCAGUGGCACAUUACAAUCUUAAAAGAAAAAUCAGGGAGAUUUGGUUCUACCUGAAAUGCACCUUGGAUUCCCAAGGAUCUGAGACCUGGCUGCAAAUUGUGGAAGAACACACCUGAGCUUCUUGUGGUGCACCAAGGAUAAGACUUUCCUAAUGACACAAAGAUAUGUAAAGUUGUUUUAAAUGAGUUUAGGUCAUGAAUGUAACUUAGGGGAUCAUAGAAAAUGCUGAUGUUAGAACUGGUACAGAUGAUCUCUAAGGUCCUUUCAACCUCUAUGAUUCUAUGGAUUUGUCUGAGGUGUUUCUUGCAUACAGUACAACAUAAAGAUACAAAGCUGAUCCCAGUGAAUUGAUGGGACUGUGUUAGUAAAUUAUGUCUUAAUGUAUUUUCAACUGUAAUUUAGUACCUAUCAAGGUGGUAUGAAGGUGAAAAGAUGGAACUUAUAGAAUUAGUAGCAAUUAUUGUAGGACAAACUUUGGUUAUAGCUGUGCAAUUAGAUUUAUUUCCUUAGAUAGUUCUAGGUAGUUUAACCUUUACAUUCAUAAGUGAUGGCAGGAAAGCAUGAGGAAGAGAUAAAAUUUGAAGGCAGGCAUAGUUUUUCUUGUCCUAAAAUAAAUCCAUUCUCUAGGGGAAUAGCAAAGUAUACAUAUUCCUUGCCUCUUUGAAUCUAGAUAUGGAAAAGAAUUUAGCCAUUAGCUAGAAAUAUUCAUUGAGAUGCCUCAAAAAAAAGAGAGAGAGGCUUGUACUGCAUAAGGAAGGCUUACUGGAAAGGGAGUAAUUUGUUUGGAUUUUCGUUGCUUUGGUUAUAUCCUAAUAGGUAACAUACUUAAAAUUCAUAAGCAAAAUUCUAGAUAAAAGUAAAUUUUCAGUUUCAAUUAGUUCUUGUUUAGAAUGAUUAUAAUAAUUAAAUGUCCAGUUCCUUGACAGACUGAAUUUCCAAGUGGUUACAUUUUGAGACACAUAAUUGUUCCCUAUUAUUGUAGAUGCAUUUCAUGCUCUUUUUCUUAUUUGCCUGUUAGAGAUUUUUUGUCAUCAGUCUUCAUAAAUAGAAUAGAGGGUAGAGGUGAAGCUGUAGCCAGUCUGCUCCCCGUGACAUUGCAGCAGACUGAAGUGCAGUGGUGCAGAUGAACUGCUGGUGACCCAGAGACAGAAGUCAUUGUUAUGCUUUAUGUAAAUAUUGGGGUAACAAUGCACAUCCAAUUUUUAUACAGACUGAAAGGUGGGAAAAAAAAAGCUGUCUAGUACUAAUGUAAGUCAUUGUGCAUAAGCUCUCUAGUGUAGGGGAAAGAUCCCAUCAGCAGUGGGAAGCUGAUCAGGGUCAUAAUUACUAAAUUCUGAUUUGCUGGAGUGAGUGGGAGCAUUCAGGCAGUUAAUUCCACCACAGUCAGUGGUGGAAGGAUCUGGCCCUGUGUUUUUUUGGUUUUGAUUUCCUCGGUUUAGGUCACUUUCAAUUGUGUAUUUGAUUACAGCUGGGAUCAUAGUGGUCAUUGUACUCAGUGAUAAGCAAACGAGAUUUUCUGCUCUGUGCUUGGACAGCUGAACAGUUAAUAGACUCUGCUUGCCCUAAUGAGCUCUACAUUCCCAAUAUUUUUCCAUUGUUUUGAUUUUCUGAUUAAAUUUUAAAAUUACCUUUA